CGCUAUAUAUACCCACAUGCAUAUUUGACUAGCUUAGCUAGUACAUGAAUAAGCAUAUAUUUAAACCAAGUAAACCAUUCUCAAAAAUAUCAUUAAGGCAUUGAUCAUACAACUAAUAGUUGAAUCCACAACUUCUUCAUCACACAGUUACAGUCACACCUGGGAUGGCAACGAGUGGGCUGGCCGGGUUGGGUUUCUCUAUAUCCACACCAAAUUCAGCGGGUGCACCCAUGAAAAUCCACUAAAAUACUUAUUAGACUUUAGAAUAACAAACCCAACCCAACCUAAUGGAUAUACUCCCCCGAAUGCGUAGAUACUCAUGAAUUCACGCAUAUAACCACAAAAGUCUAUCUUAAUAUUAUAAAAAAGAAUUCUACAAAUAGACCUCCAUAAAAACUAACAAAAUCUACAUUAUUAGGAUUAUAUUCUCAUUAAGACUGAUAAUACCCACAAACUACCUGUACUAUCAAGGUCAGAUAUACAAAACGACGUCGUUUUAUUCUGUGUGGGGUGGACGGAAAGCGGCUUGGGUUUUGACAAAAAUCACCCCAUUCCAACCCGCUAAUUUCAAAGGUGGGUACAUAUAAUCGGGAACCAACCCAGAAAUCGCCAACAUCAAAUUGUAUCCAUUUCUAGGGCUAGGAAACGGUGAGAUCUGGUCCAGACCAUAUAUAUAGUUUAUGGUCCAGACCGAGAGGCUGGAGUUAGACCACAGACUAUACGGUCCGGUCCAGACCACGCAUGUGCGGUCUGGUCCAUAUAGACCACACUCAACGAAAAAUGAACAAUUUGUUUAGUCAACCACACAAAAAGUUGAACCAAUAACCAAGGAAAAAAAAUAUUUUUUUUUGUACUAAAACAUUAAUUCUAACAUGCAUGAAUAAUUUCGACACCCUAAAUCUUAGUACAUAACAAAGAUACAAAGUAAAAGCAUCCCAACGUGUACCAUAACAUCACAAACAUUAACAUAAUUUCACAUAGAGACACGAUUAUCUCUACUCUCUAGUAAAAUGUGAUUGUGAAUGAAGGAGGGGACGAGAUUCUCAAAUUUAAGAUUUGAGACUUGGGUGUCGUUUGUGGGAGUUAGGAGAGUGGUCGAAUGGGUAACGUUGUUAACACGCGUAUUGAAAAGCCGGUUGGGUACACGGUUUGGUCUGGUAAACCGGGGUCUAGACCGGACCAGACCAAGAAAACAAAACAUCAAAUAUUACAGACCAUGGACCAAACCAGAACAUACUUAAUAGUCUACGGUGCGGACCAAACUGUACGGUCCAGUUUGAAUCAUGGGUUUUCUAACGGUCUGAUCUAUUUUUCCAGCCUUAUCCGUUUCAACCGAAUUAAUUAAGAUUGAAUAUUGUUUAGUUCUGAGUUCAAUUACAAUUCCUAAUAAUAUGAUCUCCUGCUCAACAGGACAAUAAAGUACCUAACCUUUCGCCUUUUUGCCAUCCUCUUCUCUGCCCUUCGAUUGGUGGAUCACAUCUCACAUGCAUAUAACCAUACUCACACAAUCAAAACAAAUCCUUAACAGAGAGCUCUGCAACUGAAAUCCUUCACUCCAAACUUUACUCGUUGCCCAUACCUUUCGACUUUCGUCCCCGGCCCUUUGCCCAUAAUUCACUACUCCCCCGCCUCUACCUCUUUUGUCCGUAUCCCCUCCCUUCACUUUAACUCUCUUUGCCCUCAAACCCUUCUCCAUAUAUUAACUAUUGAAAGGCAAGGCAAGUAGCUAGGUCGUCGGAGGAGAAAUAAUAAUGAAGAUCCGGUGCGACGUUUGCGAGAAAGCCGAAGCCACAGUCUUCUGCAGCGCCGACGAGGCUGCCCUCUGCUCCACCUGCGACCGCCGCGUUCACCAGGCUAACAAGCUCGCUGGCAAACACCUCCGCUUCUCCCUCCACCACCAUACUACUACUCAUUCCUCCAAAGACUCCUCCCCACUCUGCGAUAUCUGCCAGGAGAGAAGGGCGUUCCUGUUCUGCCGGGAAGACAGGGCGAUACUCUGCCGUGAGUGCGACGUCCCGAUCCACGCCGCCAACGAGCUGACCCGCAAUCACAACCGCUUUCUCUUGACCAGCGUCAAGCUCUCCGCUUUUUCGGCUCAACACGACCCCGCCGCCGGCAGCUGUGGUGCAAAAAGGAACAGGUCGUCCCAGCUGCCGCCGCCGCCGCCAGCUGUGCCACGUAAUAAUAAUGAUUUGUAUUAUUGUGGCAAUAAUAAUAAUUGGGAGGGAGGUUCUCCGGCGUCGUAUAGUAGCUGUAGCGGCGACACAACUACGGGUUCCGCUAGCAGCAUAUCGGAGUACUUGGAAAACCUGCCGGGUUGGCGGGUCGACGACUUUCUCGACCCGCCCGCUUCUCCCCUCUGGACGACGCCGUAUAUGUGACAGAGGAUGUGACCUUGUUUUUUUUUUUUUACUGCGGAGAAGGUCAAACUAACUCAACGAUGUUUGGACGGUGGAGAUUUACUGUUUUCGGCUCUGUCUGGGAUUUUUUUUUACUUACUGCCACUUGUGGCGUGGGAGUGAAGUAAUGGUUCUUUUUGCAAGACCAGAGCCGUGGGAAGUGAGACGUAGUCCAUGAGAGAGGAACUGCAGCAACUACAAAAUGUGUACAUUGUAAAUAUUUGUUUGAGGUUUUUUUUUUCUUCCUUUGUUUCAGAGAUCUACUGGCCAUUUGUAUUGUUGCUUUGUUUACUUUUUGCAGUCAAGUCCCUGUUUGGUGAACCGGGUUCGGUUUGCUUCUUUUUUGUAACGGAUCGUCGUCUGGUGUUUAUCACCGUGUUUCUUUUUCCAAAUUUGACUAUAUCGUCAAAUAGUUUACACGCGUUUUCAAUUAUUUGAUUUAUGAUUGUGUAAUUAUGGUUUUCACUUCCAUCUUCUGUAUCAUUCGAUUGCUUAUCAUACCACUUGUGAUGUAGCACCAAAAGGAGGAAUGGGCCAGGUAUGGUGAAUGGUGGGAGACAUGUGCACCAAAAAGCUAGGGAGAAGGAGAAAUGGAAGUGGCUCUGGAGCUUGUCUCUCCCUCCGAAGAUGCGUUUUUUCAUUUGGAGAUGUGCUCGAGGUGCCUUGGCUACAAAAAGGAACCUUCACACUCGGAGCUGCUCUCCUUCCCCGACAUGCCAGAUGUGCAACACGGAGGAUGAAACUGUCUACCACUGCUUCUUUGGGUGCAAGCAUGCUACUGACUCCUGGGAGAUUCUGUUUCCUUCCCUGCCCACACCGCCGAGCUUGGGUGGUGUCCUCGAGUGGCUUUUCGAUUUAAAAGACCACAUCUCGGUGAACUCAGUGCAGCUUGUCAUCUUCCUCAUGUGGCAUAUUUGGAAAGCACGUAACGAGAAAAUCUUUCGCAAUGAUGGACCUUGGCCACCGCUACCUGCGCCAAGGCUACUAAUGAUUGCUUCUCUUGGACGUCAUGCCCAAAGAUUCACAGAGGCAUUUCUUCCACCCCUUGCCAGCCCAUCAACCCCCUGAACCAGAUUAUCCCACCGCCGAGCAAUCCCUCUUUAGAGAUUCACUGUGAUGGAUCAUUCAUAAAUGAUUCCCAGAAGGCGGCCUAUGGCGUUGUAGCGAUCAACGAGCAUGGAGUUAUCUGCGAUGGGAGGGCGGGUGUUCUUCUUUGUUCUUCACCCUUGGAAGCGGAAGCAAAAGCUCUUCUUGAGGCCCUCUUACUUGCCUGCCACCUUUCGGUCCCUUGCUGGGUUCGAUCCGACUGUCUGCUUUUGGUUCUUGCUCUCUCGGCUCCUCAUGAGUCGUGGCCAUGGAGAAUCUCUGCCUGGUUAGGAAUCAUGGUGGACUUGCUUGCGAGGCACCCGAGCAUCAAGGUCUCCUUUUUUAGAAGGAAACUCAAUGCUCGAGCGGAUUGGGUUGCACGUUCGGCUGCACGGGAUGAACUCCCACAGGAUUGGAUUUUAAUUCUUAAUAUCAUUGCGCCUCUCCUUGUUCAUCUGUAGGACUUUGUAAACCGCUUCCUUUGGUAAUGAAUGAAGUUUUCAUGUAAAAAAAAAAAAAAGCUAGGGAGAAGUCCUUUCGAGUGAGUGUGAAACUUUGUUCUAUCAUAAUGAAUAUGGAAUUUCCUUCAAGCUGAUGUGACAUCAUUUUAAUGUUGUGUAAGCCUCUCCAGUCUCCCCUUCAUCAAUUUUUUUGUUUUUGUUUUUGUUUUGGCAUUAUCCUAGGAUGAAUAUAUAUGAAGUUUUACG